CCGUUAACGUGUGCAAUUGCUGUCGCACAAGAAUAUCCUUGUAGCAAAUUGUUAAAUCGCACAUUGCCUUCGACUUUGGUGGUUUAAUGUCACCAGUAGAUAUUAGAAAUAUGAAUAGUAUCCUUUUUACCGCCAUGGCAGGCUAUUUUUAGGUCGUAAAGGACAAUGUUUUGGUCUGUAACCGUCGAAAAAGGCCUGUCGCAAAUCCCAAUAGCACAUUAGGCACUGCAUUUAAAUGUUGAAAAACGCGUUUCUUGAAUAGAAUUUAAUCGAUGAUUUAUACCUACCAUUGAGAUCAACAUGAAACAAGCGGGGGAGUUUGUCCAAGUAGCGCAUAUCUCAAGCCCAAGUGCUAUUUAUGCCUGUCGCAAGUUUUUAACUUUGACUUACGUUACAAAGACGAAUGAAUAAAAAUCUGUCACAACAGGGUGAUUUGCCCGAACUCUUUAAGUGUUUUAGUCAGCUACCGUAUGUGGUACAUUAUCAAAGACACUAUAGAGGCAACUGCAAACUAUCGUCGGAUGAAUUACAGCUUUGUUACAGCUUAAAGCAUUUCGGCAGUUUUUUGUCAUUAAGCUUACGUUACCAUUAUUACUCCUCCAAAUAGAAACAGUAGACUACACUUGCCCUUUGCAAGAAAGGGCAUAACAAGAUAAGUACUUACCUGCCGCUAAUUCAUUCAGCAACCUGACUGUUUAAUUUUUUUCACCAAGUAAGUGUCAAAAUUGACUUACGUUACCCCUUGACUUACGUUACCAUUACCGUAUGCGUUAUCGAACAUACAGCGAUUAAUAGGAUAAUCAGGAUUGCAAAUCAGAGGGUGUGUCAAGGGUCAGCCUCGUUCUGUGUAGCACCUCUGCGGUCAAAGUUCGUCGCCGUUCUGACCUUGAAAAGCAUUCAACAGACAACUACAACCAUCUCCUAUCGGGCAUGAAGCCAUCUCCUAUCUAGAAAGAUCAUGGGCAAGACACGAGCUGAAAUACAAAGGGCGUAUAGAGAAAGGAAGAAGGCAAGAGAUGGCGACGAGUACAGAACAAAAGAAGUCGCCAGAGUGAUGAAGUACUACGUACCGACAGCUUUGGUUGGUAAGAAAGAGUUAGAAAAACGAAGAGCAGAGGGAAGAGAAAAAAUGAGAAGACAAAAGGCAAAACGUUCUACUCCAAAACUUAAGAUCAAAAUGAACUUUAAGAAGAAAAGUGGGCGCAGCAGUAAAGUAAGGCGGAUGCAGUAUAAGUUAGAGAAAGCAUUAAAAGUAAAAAGAAAGCUAGAGAAAAGAAUCGAAAGGCUGACAAGGAACCAGGCUCAAAGCACUCCUGAAGUCUCAACACCACGCAGCAAAACCAAUGCUGAGAUACGUCAGGCUGGGCUAACACCGCGGCAAGUACCAAGUUCGUUGAGGAGGAAAAUCCUGUUUUCCAACGUCUUCACGUCAGAACUGAGAGAAUCGUACAAGAAAAAAGGACGGAAGGAAAACGUAUCUUCAGAAACGUAAUUGCUGGCAAGGUGGUCAAGAAGUACCGAAUGAUGAAGACCCUCUCCAAUGAACUUGGAAUGGCUAGGAAUGCAAAGUUAGGAACCCAAAAAAAACCAGACGUGCCCUUGCGCGCUCCAGAAUCCAGAGACAAGUGCGUGAGUUCCUGGAAAGGGAUGAUAACUCACGGUUAAUGCCGGGGAAGAAUGACUGCAAAAAAGUUGGAAAGGAGAAGGUACAAGUCCGAAUCCUUUCAAAUUAUCUGUCUGAUCUACGUGAAAAGUUUGAGGCUGAAACGGGUCUUAAGAUCUCACUGAGUCAGUUUGCCAAAAUGAGACCACUGAACGUGAAGCUUGCGUGUUUCCUCUCAAGAAACAGCUGCCUAUGCACAAGGCAUCAAAACUUUGCGUUAAAACUAAAGGCAUUAAAGCAAAACAACUGUGUGACGUCAACCAGCCCAGACAACUUCGUGCAUGCCUUCCCAGAUGCGGAAAAGGUGGAUGCUGUUUUGGCAAAGUUACCACAAGGCGGUAUGGUAAAAUAUGAGGAAUGGAAAAGAGUGGAAGUGGAGGGAAAGAAAAAAAUGAAGAUUGUGACGUCAGAAGUGGAGACAAGCGCCUUCUGUGCUAAGUUCAAAGAAGAGGUGCCACAGUUCCGACAGCACGUCGUCCGUGCAAACGAGCAGUACAGUCAGCUGAAAACUCUGAAGGAGAACUUGGAUCAAUAUAACGUUGCCAUUCAGAUGGACUUUGCCAAACACUACAAAAUUAAGAACAAUGAAGAAAUCCAGUCAGCUUACUGGAAUUGUGACAUGGUCACUUUGCACCCAAUCGUCGUUUACUUCAAGAAUGAAAACGGAGAACUGCAACACGAAUCUACCUGCAUAGUCUCUGAUGAAAUGGGACACAAUUCAGCGACGGUGUUCGCUAUAUUAAAGAGGGUUGUGCCUGAAGUUAAGGAGAAACAUCCAGAUGUGAAAUUCAUUCACUAUUGGACGGACAGUCCGAGUUCUCAAUACAGGAACAAAACCAUCUUCAGCAUUCUCUCUGACCAUGAAUCCCUUUUCGGAAUGCCUGCCAGCUGGAAUUACUUCGAAGCUGGGCACGGUAAAGGUCCAUGCGAUGGUGUCGGAGGGACGGCUAAAAGAAUGGCCGAUGAAGCUGUAAACCGCCAGGCCACAACAAUACAGGAUGCAAAAGAGUUUUACACAUGGGCUGCAAACCAGGAGAGAAGCUCAAUAAAGUAUAUGUUUGUAAGCAAAUAUGAGUGUAAGGAAAGCCAGACUUACCUCACCGAGAAGUACGGUAGCGUGAAGGCCAUUCCUGGCACUAUGUCAUUCCACGCGGUGGUUGGAAGAUCCGGUGAAGUCAAGACAAGAUCCACUUCUUGCUACUGUGAGAAGUGCUUCCACUCGCAUGGGUUUCACACAGAUACAAGUCUGUGUAAGUGGGAUACUCACAAAUUGGAAAACAGGAAAACAGGUCCUGUCCAGGCAUCGGUUCCUGUAGCUGGAAUUGGCGACUAUGUGGCAGCGGUGUAUGACUCUAGUUGGUACGUCGGAGAAGUGGAGGAUGUAGAUGAUGGAGAGUACAGUGUCCGGUUCAUGCAACAAACCGGACAGAAGUUCAAGUGGCCACAGAGGAAGGAUGAUCUCUGGAUCGAUCCGGCUGACGUGCUCUGCGUUGUUCCAAAGCCACUUCCGACGGCAAAGUCUGAAAGGAUGUUCACCUUUUCCGAGGCCACACUUCAACACAUAGAAGAGUGCUUUGCACUGAAAGUGGCCAACAAGUGACACAGUAUCUGACUAAAAUUUGUCAGAACUUGGGUGGGUUUUUCCCCAUGUGUCCGGUUUGUUAUAUUGGCUAAUGUUACCAUGAGUAUUUAAAGGCCAGUUUGCUUAAUGAUAUAAGCACUAUUCGAUGUAUUUGACAGUUGACAGAACUUGCGUCGGGUCUCCUGUGGCUAAUUAAACAUCUGUCCGGUUUGUUAUAAUGUUACCAUUAAUAGUUGAGGACAGUUAGCUUAAUGAUACAUGUAUACACACUAUUCGAUGUAUUUGACAGUUGACAGAACUUGCGUCGGGUC